AUGUCUACGCACAGUUCGAUCAUCGAUCGAUGAUUUUCUCUUAUUUCAGGUUUAUUGCUGACAGUCGCUGUUUUCGCAGCGACGGGCUACGUUUCUUCCGAGACGCAGCAACAAGCGCCGACGGAAUUAUGUACUUCUGGCGAAUAUCUACCACACGAAUGCAACUGCAAGCUGAAAUCUCUGUAUUACGAAUGUGUCGAUGGGAAAUACGUUGAAAGGCAAUGCCCGGACGGCAAAAUUUUCGACAGCAAUAGUAGUCGGUGUGUGACAGCAGUCUAUUGUCCACCAACGGGAUACAAACUUAUUGCUGACGAGGCGAAUUGCAGCUUGUACUACGAGUGCAGGGACGGUGUCAAGACGGAGAAAACUUGCAAAAACGGAUUGUCUUUCGACGAAAAGACACACAUGUGUAGUUGGCCACCGAGUAGCGAGUGCUCGUUCAAACGAACGAAUCUAUUCGAUGCAAUGGAGAGCAGUGACGACUACAAAUGUCCAGCAAGUGGAAACACGCGACUACCGCAUGAAUGCUCCUGCACUAAGUAUUACGCUUGCGAGAACGGGCAUAGGUUCGUUGAAGAUUGUCCAAACGGUAUGAUAUACGAUUAUAUCAGACAUAUUUGCGACUAUUCGUACAACGCCGUGUGCAAACACAGGAAAAAUAAUGAUAAUCUCUCUGGAGAUUGUGUUAUUUCAAAUGACUGCAGUGUUGGUUCAACUAAACGCUUUCGUCACAAGUAUUGCAGGUUGUAUUAUCAAUGCUACAGCAGACUCAAAUGUCUUCGGUCAUGUCUCGAAGGACACGUCUUUAACCCAAUAAUCGAAUCGUGCGACCGACCGGAGAACUACCCCGAAUGUGUGGAUUAUGAGGAUUUUACUACUCCCAAAGACCAAGACUGUCAGUCAUGUGCUUGCACUAAUUGUAUCCCUCGUUAUCCUGACAACACAAACUGUUCCAGAUACUUUGAAUGUGAAAGCAACAUAAAAGUAUCAAGGGUAUGUCCUCCGAAUCUCGUGUACGAUCCUAACAGACAGAUUUGCGACUAUCCGCAGAAUGUAAAUUGCUCCCCUCCCCCCCGCUGCAACGAAGGGGAGUUAACUCACCACGAGUGUCAGUGCAAUCUGUACUACGAAUGCGUAAACGGAAGGAAAAAGAUCGUGACCUGUCCCGAUGGGAAGUACUUCGACUGGGAAACCAAGAAAUGCCGCCCGCCAGAAGAGGUUCGUUGCUAUCCUCAAGGCUGUAUCGGCAUUUGUCCAUCGAACGAGACUAAAAAAUUGCCCCACGACGAUUGCCACAAGUAUUGCGAAUGCACGAAAGGAAGCAACAAGGUUGUCACUUGCGAUAACAAACAGAUUUACGAUCCGGAGCAACAGAAAUGCAUACCGCCGGAGGAUUCGAAGAAGACGUGCGAGUUCUUCCCGUGCGAUCCAAACUCCAAUUCUACAUCGCUGAUCCCGCACCAGUGUCUCUGUGACAGAUACUACGAAUGCAAGAAAGGGCACAAGUAUCUCGUGUUAUGCCCGGACGGAAAACACUUUGACUACGUGCAAGAAAGAUGCAUUGAUAGCAAAGAUGGUGCUCACUGCUACAAACGGGAACCGUGUUCGAGCGAUCCAGACUGCGGCGAUGUCAAAUGCACCACCGACGGCAGCACAAGCCCUCACAAAGACUGUACGAAAUACUGUGUAUGCAGGAACGGGUACGGAGUUACCGAGAGCUGUUCUCCGGGUCUGUACUUCGACAAAGUGUCGGGGAAAUGCGCCUGGCCAGAGAACGUGGAUUUAGCGAAGAAUUGCCAACCGUUUAACUGUACCGAUAAUCCAAUACCUCACGACUGUAACUGUACGUUUUACUAUCAAUGCGAGAAAGGAGACAGAUAUCUCGAGACAUGCGAUGGAACUUACUUCGACUACGUCCUCGGGAAAUGUGUGAAUAUCGCGAACGAUCCUCACUGUUAUCAUCACUAUUCGAACAAUAGAGAGGUGGACAACUGUGUUGAGCAAUGCUCGAAACAUUCAUCCGUUCGCAUGCGUCACAAAAAAUGCUCGCAAUACUGCGUAUGCUCAAUGGGAGCACCGUAUAUCGUCAGGUGCCCCGACGGUAAAGAGUAUAACGAAAGAACGCAGAAUUGUACGUCUCGAGAAACUGCUAAUUGUCAGCCUUGGCAAGAGAACGAAAACAAGCCACCUUUGUCAAAUUUCCCAUUUGUCGAUUACCUCUAGUAAAUGGAAGAAAGUAAUUCGCAGAAUGAGCUAGAAAUGUAAAGAUAAAUCAUUUAUUUCGUAAGUUUUUUUAUUGCGAAUAUUUGUUGUAUUGGAGCGCAUCAAAUGUAAAAUGCAAUGACGUUUGCUUUCAAUUUCAAUGUAACCUAAUGCUUCUUUCUUUUUAAUACAACUAGAUUCUAUUUAAUGCAAAUUUACUGUAAGUAAGUCAAUUAGUAAUGAACGAUAAUGAACGAUCGACGAACAUGCGUGCGAUACAUAGCAUGUACGAAAAAACUUUAAUUUAAUAAUCAUUCGUUCGAUUCAUCACUACUGUUGAUAUUUUAUUUUGUAAACGACAAAAGCAUUAUCAUAAAAUUGAUAAUACGUUGAGAGAAUGUUAAACGAUCAGAUUGUAAAUAAAACGAUGGAAAUAAAAGUUAAGUCAUGUUACAUCGCGUACUUUGAAAAUUCGAUGAUUUCGGCAAUGACGAAACACGUCCCGUGUCCCGACUUUCGAUAAUGUAAAAUUGAUUAUCAAAGUGUACGUCACCGAUGAAUAAAAAAUAAAAUAAUGAAAUUUAUUUUAUUUAUUGAAAAAAUAAAAUUUAUUCACAAAAGAUGAUUCUUUCGCUUCCCAUUAUGCACGUAGACGUACAAGCGACCUCGCAUCCAAGUUAAAAAUUAUUUGUUGAAACAUUACGAUUUAAUAUCGUUUCAUUUUUUUUUUUUUUUUUUGGUUCUAUCAGUGACUGA